AUGCUGCGUGCUGGGCGCGCGGUGGUAGCAGCUUGGGUUUGUGCUCAUGAGCCGCCUUCCUCGCCUUCCGUGUCCAUCGGAAAUGCCACAUGGAGAGGAAAACGAUUGAAUGUGAGGGCACCGCGGUCCAUGGGUGUUCAGCAGGAGCUGCAGAAGGCACAGACUUAUUCUCAUCCGGUCCAGUGGCUUCCACUCAUAGCUGGCUUGGUUCUGGGAGGCCUUUGCUCCGUGGCGCCAAUCCGCGCGGCCGAUCUGGUGAACGGCGAGGCGCUCUUUGACGCGAACUGCGUCUCGUGCCACGCGGGCGGCGGCAACAAGAUCUAUCCCCAGCAGAGCUUGAGCAAAAGCGCUCUUGAACGGAACGGGAAGUUCUCCCUGAGCGCGAUCGAACGUCAGGUCUGGCAAGGGCAAGCGCCCAUGCCCAGCUUCUCGAAGCUGGGAGAGAAGAAUGUGGAAGAUUUGGCAAGCUUUGUCUAUGCAGAGGCUGAAGUGAAUUGGAAAGACAAGAAGCUGCUGGGCGGGGAAGCGCGCCGCCCGGCGAUGGGCGAGCUGCUCUGGGGCGGUCGCGCUCAGUUGGCCGCUCCAAAGGAUGUGGGCGGCUUCUUUCCAAGGCAUCAUUUCAGUUCGUUGGUUCUGCCAGGCUGUGGAGCUACCGGUGGUCCGUUGCUGUUCCUGGGAGGGCAGAAAGCAUCAGGCGGUUGGUGUUGCAAUGACGUGUGGCGGUGCACCUUGUCGAAGACGGCUUGGCGCGAUUGCAACUGGAAGCUCAUCUCAGCACAUGAUGAAGGCUAUAGCGAUGAUCGUGGGCGGCGCUGGCACCGGAAGUGGAAGCCGCGGUGCAACUUUGCCGUUGCUGGGGCUUCAGCACGCAGAGGCUACUUGCUGUAUGUUGCAGGCGGUGAAGAUGCAGCGGGAGGUCGCUUGAACGACCUCUGGGCCUCGCAGGAUGGUGGACUCUCCUGGCGUUGCAUGUCGCAGGCGUCUCCAUGGUCCCCCCGUGCCGCUUGUGCUCUCUUGAGCGUCUCCGGGCGACCGGAACGGCUGCUGCUCUGUGGAGGCUUGGCGGCGGCAGCCGAAGUCUGUCAAGAUCUCUGGAUGAGUGACGACGCAGGCUUCAGUUGGCAUCGGCUGCCGGAACCAUCCUGGGCUCAUAUCACCGGGCGCUUUCGAGCAGCCUUGAUGCCUUUGGAGGUGGGCCAGCACAGGGGCGACGGCGCAGUCCCCAUCCUGAUCCUGGGCGGCUGCUUCAUCGACGGUGGCGAGGGCGGCGGCUUUGGCGGCUAUGAGCGGCUCAUGCACGAUGCUUGGGAAGGGCAUGUGGACUUUGAGACGCAGGCCGUGCAUUGGAAGCCUUGGGGCACUCAGAUGGACGAGCGAGGGAGGCGUUGGGCACGGCUCGGGAUGGACGUGGCCAGCUGCACGAAGGAGCGCGACUCGCACCUGGUGGCGUUGCUGCCAGGGCACCCGUCGGUGUCCGUGGCACCGCUCUGCGCUCCGGAGAAUGCCGAGAGCUUGCCAUGGCGCCCUGCCCAGGAGCCGCACCUUUUGAGAGAGGCCUUAAGGCAUCACUGGAGCCGUUCCAUCUCAGUCCAAGAUGGCUAUGGCCAGUGCCACGUCCGUCUGAGCACAGCACGGCGAGCGGUGCCACGCUUGGUGUUGGCCUUCGAUGAAGGCAUUUUGAUCUCCAGCUUUGAGGAGUGGCAGAGGCAAGUGACCUUCCUUUUGCUCGUGGCUUUACGCCAAUCACGCCGCCCAGUGGCGGCGCUGCCCGUGGAUGUGUGGCAUCAAAGGAUCCUUCCGGCGGUGCUACCAGGUGCUCGGCAGUGCUCCGCUUCUCCCUGUGGAGAUCAACUUCCAUCGUCCUGGCAGUCCAGAUCUCGAUGUACUGAACGAUCGUGCGUCGCUGUGGCCGUUGCGGCGGCAAACGCAGGCUUGGCGAAGUGUCGGUCACGAAUGAGCGCACCUUCUUGCGAGGACACGAUCACCAUCCAGCUUUGA